CUUUUAACUCUUGUUAAUUGCUAAAAUCUGUCUCUUGAUUUCAGUUGCCUUGUUAAAUAUGAUCUUGGUUCUGGUUAACCUUGUUGUGGCAGAAUUUAUAAGGCAUCCAUGCAUUUGUUCACUCAUUCAUGAUUUGUAUAUCCAUUGGAUGCUUAUCCGUCUUUGAUAGAGUUCAAGUUUUGUUGUACUCAUCUGUACAUCCAUGCCAUUCUUUGCCAACUCGUCUUGUGUUGGGUUCAAAGCGUAACCCCACAAUUGUUCUUUUGUGGCUUUGGCAGGAUUUAUUUUUAUUCCUUGUGCUUUCCGUAUUACCCCAGCCUCUAGUAGCUCAUUUUAUGGUAAACCCUGUUAAGUAGCUAGUGUCCUGCUGUUAUGUGUAGUUGUGAUUUGAUAUCAGAGUGGCGCGGCGAAAGCAUACCAUUCACCACUCGAAAUGGUCCUCAAUUUGAGUUUUGGGGACAAAACUCCUUUUUAGGAGGGGUGAGUGUAAUAUCCCAAAUUUUCGGGAAUAUUUAAGUGUAAGUUAAGGAUUUGAUUGUGGAAAAAUAUUGUUUUGGGCUUAAGAGCCAAAAUGUCCAAACUUGAGGGACUUAAAAGAGGAGAAUUUGGAUAAGGAUGGCUUAUUUCUUUUCUCCCUUUUCCUCUUUCUUCUCCAGCCCGUUUCUGCUCUUGUCUUCCCGCUGCAACCCGAGAGGAAAAAAAAAAAAAAAGGAAACCCAGCCAUGCCUUGAGGAAACUGGUAGAGAGCUUGAUUUUUCCCUUAUUUUCUUGUCCAAGAACCUAAUUUAGAACCCAGAAAUCUCGCCCUCUCUGCAGAAACCCAGAUCUGGUCGGUUCUCCCCUCCCCUGUCCGUGAGCUGCAGCUUGUGGGUGGGUGAUUUCUGGGCAUGUUUUCGGCCGUGAGCUUCUUCUCCAAAUUGCCGCCGGCUUCUCUUCCCCCCCCUGCAGCUCCGGUUUUAGCUGGAGAAUUAUGGUAUGUUGACAGCCUUUUAAGGCUUAAAUUAGCCAUUUAUUUGCUGCCUUGUGUGUGUCCGAAAUUCUGUAGAAAAUGGGGAAGAAUUUGAUAGCUCUAAGAUGAGAUUUAAGCAUUAAUUUAAGUGGGAUUUAUGUGACAGAGUGUUAAUUGAUUGCUGUGAUUUUGGAGUGAAAUCCCGUGAGAUUAGCUAGUGUUUUGGCCAAUUUGUGGGGUGGAGUUACUGUUCACGUCGAGGUCACUGUUCACCGGUUACUGUUCACACCCCGAGGGCCAACAUUUAACGGGAAUUUAAGUGAUUAGUUUGUGAUAUGAGAAUGAUUUUGGAGAUAUUUGAUCAUGUGGAGAUUGAUUGAAAUAGCAUUGUGAUUAGGAGUGAUCCUAAUGAUGAUUUCAGUUUGAAUUUGUGAUGAUCCGGUAUUGAUUCUCGAAAUGUUUUGAUUAGGUUCUCGAUCGUUCUGUCAGUUAGUGCGUGAAUUGAGUGCUUGAAUUGAGUGCUUGGUUUUAUCCGAGUGAGGUAAGUAAAUUUAUGGUAAUGCCCGUACUGUUUUAUAAGCAUGUUUUGAUUUGUUUUUGAAGUGGUGGCGGGACUAAACCCGUUUUACACGAGUAUAACUGAUUUGAAAUGAUAUUUUUAUGCCUUUCAUGAAAUUGAGCAUGCCUACUUGAAAUUUGAGUGACUGUCCUGAUGAUCUGAAAGUGAUUGUGAAUCGUGAUUUUCCUGUUAACUUCUGCCUGUUUUGUCUCCGAUGUGGUCAUGUUAUUCGUGACCCCGCUAGUGGGGGAGGUAUAAACGCUAGCACAUGUCGACAUGUAGCGAUAGAGCCGGUUCGUUCAACCCAGCUAGUGGGGGUUAUACACCAGCAAAUCGUGGCCCUAAUAGUGGGGAUUAUACACUAGUAUUCCUGUUUGCCUGCCAGUGGGAACUGGCCAUGACCUAUAGAGGAGACGUCUAUUUCGUGCCCGUACUAUAUCCGUUUUCGU